AUGGUAGCAUCGGUGAAGCGCACCGUAAGAAUCAAAACACACCAGGCCAUCUUGCCAGAUGUCCCGCCUCCCGUAGAGAAUUUUCCGAUGCGCAAAUGGAGCAUUGAAAUCUUUCUGCUGGACGAGCAAGGGAAUGAGACUCCAGCUACAAUUUUCGAUAAAGUUGUCUACCAUUUACAUCCAACCUUUGCCAAUCCAACCAGAACCUUCACAGAUCCCCCAUUCAAAAUCGAGGAACAAGGCUGGGGUGGUUUUGAACUACUUAUAAGCGGUCAUUUACUGGAAAAGGGCGGCGAAAGAAAGCUAACACACGAUCUGCAUUUCAUGAAAGAGGUUUACGAAGCGGACCAUGUAAUUCAAAUUCCUGUUAAUAAACCGCUUCUCAAAGCCGAGCUACUGAAGACUGGACCUGUCGACGAAGCUGCUGUGUCAGUAGCAGGAACUCCUACGGCUAGCGUUGUUGGUGGAGGGGAAAAGCGUAAAGCAGCAGUUGUAGCGGAGUCUAAGAGUAAAAAAGCUAAAACUGGCACUGGAAGCGCAGUUAAGGGCAGUGUGGAUCUAGAGAAAUUAGCUUUCGGCCUUACUAAGCUCAAUGAGGAUGAUCUUGUCGGGGUCGUGCAAAUGGUCACGGACAACAGAACCUCAGACAUGAACAUUACAAACAACAUUGAAGAGGGCGAAUUCAUCAUCGACCUUUACAGUUUGCCGGAGGGCUUGUUGAAAAGUUUGUGGGAGUACGUUAAAAAGAAUACCGAUUGA